AUGAAUCGACUCGCACAAGAACUCGUCGACGAGAUCAUCGACCAUCUAGACAAGCCUGCCCUCAAGUCGUGCUCCCUUGUCUCCCGUUCCUUUCUCCCCAGAACACGCACCCAUCUCUUCCGUCAUGUCAAUGUGGACUCCAAGAGAAGGCUCCAAGCCAUUCCCCGGUCGUGUGUCCGCUCCGUAUCCAUCAGCACCCACGUCGGCGUCCCGGUAGACCUGCCCAAUGUCGAGCACGCUUCUUUCACCGACAUCCUCUACGCCUCUGACCCCUUCCUCGACUCCCUCGCCGACGUGCACACCAUAUCCCUCACAGGCUCCUCCAUCUUUAUCCGUGACCCUGCCGUCCUCUACGUCUUUCUCAGACGCUUCCGUCGUCUCACAACCCUCCACGUCGACUGCUAUCUGCAGUUUAGGUCUUGCGGACAAAAAGGAGACUCUCCCGAUUUAGACACUCUCCAUGUCGAGCUCAAAACAGGCAGCAGUGCCCGCUGGGUCGUCGGUCUCGUCCGGCGUGUCCGUCGCCUCGAGGUUGUCAAUGCAACUGCCGCCGAUAUCCGCCACAUGCUCGACGCCGCCAACAACCUCCAGCAACUCGUUCUUCGCAAUUCCCACCCAGGUGAACUGCUCGACGUCAGCGCAAUCGCAGACUUGUCCAUCGAUCUCACCGAUCAGCACGCCGUCGAUUGGUGGGAGUCAAUCUUGCUCACCUCUUCUCCCCGCCGUGUACACAUUGCAGUCCAUAUUUGUACAGGCCUUCGACUCGCACAAUUGUUGCUGGACAUGGGCAUCGAGGUCACUGUAGAGCUGCACUACCCGGGCCCGUGUAAAUAA